AUGACACCGGCCGCUCCCAGCUCGUCGUCUUUCGAGCACAGACUCAAAUCCGCACACAUGCCUCCGCCUGGCCCAGCCUACUUCCAUGCGCGGAGAGCACUGUGGUCUGUUCCAAGCCCCAACCCACCCAAUCCUACCGCGCAUACAAGACUCGAGCAGAUCCUGAAUCAGGAAGGCGUGCACGAAAACGAUGAAGUAUGGGAUGCGGGGCUGGCAACGAUCUGGCGUGGCCUCACGAACCGCACGCCACUCAAAAAACGCCUAUCGCUCAAUAUGACAACCAAGAUUCUUAUGUGUGGCUGGAUUCGAGAUGGAACAUGGCCAAGAGGCGCGACGGCGCCCCACUCAGACGAUGAACAGGACGAUUUGCCUGCAGAUGCGAAAACCUAUCCGUCCACGAUGUCAAAUCCGCAAUCUGACGGACUGUAG